AAAUGCAACGGUUUCCUCCCUGAGGCUCCAUGCUCAGUGUCACAGUUGGGUUUGGUUAAAACCCAACUGUGACGCGUAGCAUUUGCUCUGCUGCGAUUAACUGGCCACGUGAGAUUGACACUGCAAAAACCUUGUAAUUGGCUGACUGGGGUUGCUGACAAACGUGCAACACCUGCAUUCACUAGUGCUGGACACAUGAGUACCUGGACAACAUGUUAUGGUUGAUCGGUAAGCAUGCUGCAUGUGUUGGCCGUGUCUAUUCAUCCACCCAUCCAUCCAUUUACCCGUGCAUGUAUUCAUUCGUUCAUAAGCCCCACUGCCAGGGGGGAAUGGGGGGGCGAUAAAGUGAGGACGGGGUUAAAUCUCAGUGGAACUUGCGCAGUCAAGUCCGCGGUCUCGUGCCGGAGGUCUCGCCCGUACGAGUGUUGGUACAGACGAGAGCUCGCGCUGUAAAGCGUUUGGGGAUACAUGAAACAAGGGCAGGAAAAAAUCCCAAACAUGUUUUUCUUUUUUUUUCCGUUUCGAAUACCGGAACUGAGUGAAUGUCACUCCUGCGCUCUGGACGAUAAUGGGAUCAUUUUCCUUGGAAGGCAUCAAGCCAUCCGCUGUCUCCAGGGUUGAAUUGCGCUGUUUGGGAAUGUGUUUGAUGCGCACUAACAUUUUUUUUUCGACAUCUCUUCUUCUGGCCUUUUGAUUCACGUGGAAUAUAUGGACAUAUUACCAUUUGAUCCGGCAACCAGUUCAUUAAUCAAGCUAGAAUGAUGAAAAUCCUUUGAGAUGAAAAAAAGCACUUUUGGGGAUAAUUCUUUGCUUGUGCGCGGCUCGUGCCUCUUCUUGCGCCUCAGCAGCCUGUUGUCUGUGUCCGGAGAGAAACGCGCAACUUUGCCGCGAGCCGGAGCCGGAGCCGCAGCUGGAGCUGGAGCCGCAGCUGGAGCUGGAGCCGCAGCUGGAGCCGGAGCCGGGGCUGCAGCGGCGGGUCUGAGCGCCCCACGAGGGACACACGCACGGUGCCAGGACGGGGACCAACGGAGCGGCCCUGGUGUUCCACCAUUCCGUGGUUGGACGGGGAUUCCGGUGCAGCUGUGGAGUGCAGAUGAUGAUGAAGACGGUGGUGAUGAUGGUGAUGAAUGGCCCGGCAGCUCGAGCAGGCACCGGGGUCUCCGUCUUACUGCUGUGCGCUCUAGUCUUUUCCCCACCGUGCGCUCACUGUCACCCGCAGCCGUGCCAAGUACUGAAACGGAUCGGCCACACGGUUCGGGUCGGCGCUCUGGACGUUCAGCCCCGGUUGCUCUCCGCUACCGGCGGCGGCUCUGAGGAGUGGGACACCGAUCGGAUGGAGUUGGAAAAAGAGCGCAAAACAAGUGCCGGUGCGCCCGGAUAUGGAAGCCUGAGGACUAGAGGCACCGCCAAUAACCCGCGGGGAGCCAGCAGGAGUAGGAGUCAGGCACGCCAGCGGGAGGAGAACACCUCCAGGGAGAACCGGGUGUUCGCUCCCCGAGACUCGAUCCUCCUCGCCGUGGAGGCGAUCAACCGGGCCGGACUGCUGCCAUUCAAUUUGUCAUUGGAGCUCGUCAUGGCCGUCGGGUCCGGACUCGGCGAGCUGCCUGCGUUCUCCGGCUCGUCCGCCGGCAGCCCCGAGGGCGAGGACCCGUUGUCCUUCGUUGAGAGUGUGUGUCACACCGUGGUCGUGCAGGGGGUUUCCGCCAUGAUCUCCUUUCCGCGAAACCGGGACGAGUUCGUGAAGUUGGAGUUCGUCUCGCUUGCGCUUCAGGUGCCGGUGGUCAGCGUUGUGCAGAGGGAGUUUACGCGCCAAAGCCAGAAUCCUCUCCAUUUCCAACUGGCGAUGCGGACCGUGGAGGCCCCACCAUCCCGUCUCCUCUCUACCCUGCUGAUGAUGAACGGCUGGUGGGACAUUAGCAUUUUGCUCUGUCAGGAAUGGGACAUCAGCGAUUUCCUCCUCCUCAUCAACAACAACUCCCGCUUCCACUUGGGCACUCUUGUCAAUCUGACAACUAUCGCCUCAACCUUGUCAUCGUCCUCAUCUUCGUCGGUACCUUCGGGAACGGCAUCGGAUGUGGCAGCAGGGGCAGAGGCGUCCUCGUCGUCUUUGCCUUACUUCUCCCCCGCCGGCUCCUCCUCUUCUGCUUCUUCGUCCACGUCGUCCUCCAAAUUGGACCAGCAGCAGGCUCUGAUGCGGCAGCUGGAGGCCCUGAGAGAACCUUCGUCCACCAGGGGAGUGGUGACGUUCGGGUGCGAGAUCCGCGAGGUGCGGCGUCUGUGGACGCUGGCCAGUCGGAUGACGCUCCCAGAGUUUCACUGGGUUUUGGGGGACAGCCAGAAUGUGGCCGAGCUGAGAACAGAGGGUUUGCCCCUGGGGCUGCUGGCGCACGGGGUCAUGGAGGCCCCCUCUCUGGAUCACUUUGUCCACGACUCGUUGGAGCUAGUGGCGCGGGCCGUGGGCAGUGCGGCACAGGAGAAUCCCGCUCUGGCGCUCAUACCCGGGACUACGAACUGCAUGGAUAUACAAAAGAGAAACGGCAGCUCAGGGGAGUACUUGUCAAGAUUUCUAUCCAACACAUCGUUUGAGGGCCAGACAGGUUUGAUAUCCAGAGACACUCACAGCCAGAAUGUCGUCUCGGAGGCCCAUCAUUACAUCUGGUCCCUCCAGCUGGACCCUCUAGGGCAGCCGACGUGGACCCGCCUGGGACGCUGGCGCAGCGGCGAGGUUCUGAUGGACCGCAGGGCCUGGCCAAGCCAUCAGGGAUCCGGCGCCGGAGGAGACUGGCGCCGAUCGGCGCGGCUGCACAUGCGCGUGGUGACUCUGGUGGAGCACCCGUUCGUAUUCACCCGGGAGGUGGACGGGGACGGCCUGUGUCCCGCGGGCCAGCUGUGCCUCGACCCGCUCACCAACCAAUCUUCGGUUUUGAAAGGAUUUUUCCAGAACCUCGCAGGACCCAACGGAUCCGUCCCCACGGAACUGAAGAAGUGUUGUUAUGGUUACUGCAUAGACCUGCUGGAGAAGCUGGGAGAGGACAUGGGCUUCACUUUCGACCUCUACAUUGUAGGCGAUGGGAAGUACGGGGGGUUCAAGAACGGUCGCUGGACCGGAUUGGUGGGGGACCUGCUCAGCGGCGCGGCCCACCUGGCGGUGGCCUCUUUUAGCAUUAAUUCGGCCAGAAGCCAGGUCAUUGACUUCACCUCGCCCUUUUUCUCCACCAGCCUGGGAAUUCUGGUGCGAACUCGAGACACAGCCGCACCCAUCGGCGCCUUCAUGUGGCCUCUCCAUUGGUCCAUGUGGCUCGGCAUCUUUGUCUCCCUCCACGUCACCGCUGUCUUCCUCACCCUGUACGAGUGGCACAGCCCGUUCGGCAUGACGCCUCGCGGACGCAACCGCGACCGAGUGUUCUCCUUCUCCUCCGCGCUCAACGUGUGCUACGCCAUUCUCUUCGGGAGGACGGUGGCCAUCAAGCCGCCCAAGUGCUGGACGGGCCGCCUGCUGAUGAACCUGUGGGCCAUCUUCUGUCUGUUCUGUCUGUCCACCUACACCGCAAAUCUAGCUGCCGUCAUGGUCGGGGAGAAGACCUACGAACAGCUGUCAGGGAUACAUGACCCAAAGUUACACCAUCCCUCUCAGGGAUUCCGAUUCGCCACGGUGAGAGAAAGCAGCGCAGAGGACUACCUCAAGAAGAGUUUCCCCGAGAUGCACGAGUACAUGAGAAGAUACAACGUCCCGGCGACCCCAGAUGGCAUUCAUCAGCUCAAGGCUGACCCUCAGAGACUGGAUGCAUUCAUCAUGGACAAAGCGCUGCUGGACUACGAGGUCUCCAUAGAUGCAGACUGUAAAACACUAACAGUGGGGAAGCCCUUUGCUAUAGAAGGCUACGGCAUCGGCCUGCCUCAGAACUCUGCUCUCACCUCCAACAUCUCAGAGCUCGUGAGUCAGUACAAGUCAGACGGCUUCAUGGACAUGCUGCAUGACAAAUGGUACAAGGUCGUGCCCUGCGGGAAGCGCAGCUUCGCCGUGACCGAGACGCCGCAGAUGGGCAUCAAGCAUUUCUCCGGCCUGUUCGUGAUGCUCUGUGUGGGCGUGGCCUUGUCCCUGCUGACCACACUGGCAGAACUCAUCGUGUACAAGCUGGUGAUCCCGAGGGUCAAGGAGCCACGCUUCAAGUAUUGGCUGCACACAAGCCAGAGAUUACACCGGGCCCUAAACUCAGUCUUCACUGAUGACAAACUGCCAACUGUUACCAAGCCCGAGAAGAGGUGCAACGAGGGAAACAACCAGUCAGCAUCUUGGAAUCCCUCGGAGUCCUCUCACUGCAACAGGCGUGGGAUCCUUCCACAAGACGUGCAGAAUGACCUGGAGGCUCCUUCCUCCCAGGAGCUUCGCUCAGCGCCGUCCCCGUCUCCCCUGCCUCAUUCCCACUCCCUUCCCCUCAUGGAGAAACACCCGCUCAUCGCCACCAACUCCAACGGUCGCUCCGACCUGUCGGGGCGGGGCCUCACGCGCCUGGGGGCGGGCGUCGGCGUUGGCCUGAGCCCACUGGUUCAGGAGCUGUCAGAACUGGAGGCCCAGAUCCUCGCAAUCAAGCAGCAGCUGCAGUCAGCCAUGAGGAGGAAGCGGGAGCUAGAACAGUACCAAUCGGAAAACCAGCAGGCGAACCAGACUGCGCCAAGUCAGCCCACUGCUCACCCGUCCAACCAGUUUGUUCAGUACACCCAGUCGCACCAGCAGACCAAUCAACACGCAAACACGCUGCCGGACUUCUGAAGCUUUUCUCCUUUUGUGCUGGUUAGACGUGGGACUGCGCAGGUGAAGGAAAAAGGGGUUGUGGAGUUGGGACGUUCACAGGUGUCUUGGAGUUGAAUCUUCAGGAGUUCCCCUGAACGCUGGACCGAAAAGUUGUGCAGGGAUCCGACCCUGAUCUGAACAUUGUCUGACUUCGGGGAAUGUGAGAUUCCCUUAGAGGAGACAAAGGUGAACCAGGGACCCUGAACCCAAUCUGUUCUCACUAGCUUGUUGCUGUCACUGAGGCGCCGUGCAAACCUUCCUCUUCAUUACCUCCCUCCCCCCAUUUUCUUCACCUCUGUGAUCCCUCCAUUUCUUUUUCCAUCAAUGUCCAUUCCUCCUCCCCUUGCCCCUCCCUCCCUCCCUUUAUGCCUCAUGUGCUUAAGCUUAAUGGGCGAAUUCACCCGAGUCGUGUGUUGAGGGGCGUUGGGAGUGUAAAUGACCUGAAGUCGAACCCGUCCUUAAAUCUUAAGUCGUAUGGCCUUGUGCUGAAACCUUGUAUCUUUUGUGGGGAAAAUAAAUGAUUGUGACCGUUUGAUUUACCAUGGCUGGCCUACAGUUUGUGGCCAUUGACAAUGCAUUUGAUGAGGCUUACGUUGCGUUUUUCUUGUGCGUCUUGGUGGCGCUGUUGUUUAGCGUGAAGAAUAGAGGAAAAAAAAGAUAUGAAGCUUCAGCAAAACAGCCCAAUGUUCUUCAAGAAAGUCUGGUUGGCACUUUGCGUUGGAUCAAAGGACGGGAUCUUAUUUAGGGAUCACUGUAUGUAUAAAGUUGCCCUGCACUUCACUGAUGCACUUCUAGUUCCUCAUAGAAAGCUGCACCUACGGUCACGGUUUGACUUGUGGACUGAGUGAUUUUGUCUUCAUAAUAGAUUUACAGAAAACCUAAAAGUGAGAGGGGAAGAAUUAACACAUAGGAUGAUAAUGAAUCCAAUAGUCUGCAGCCUUUUCAGUCAGGGAACCAAAACAGGACCUUUUUACACGGCCUCUUGAGAUCGUACCGCUGAAACACAGAACCAUUCUUUUCUUGGUACCAGGCCACAGUAGAAUAGUAAAUGUAAACACGAACACAGAGCACUUGUCAAACUCUCACAUUGUGUUUGAAUAUGAUGAUUAUUCACACUGGAACGGUUCCUCUGUGACAAUACAUAUUUUCUCUUGCAUUUUCUGUUGGCGUUUGGAUGUGUUCUGUUAUUAAAAUUGUACCUCUUCUCUUUGCA